AUGACAACGUUUUUAACUACUACAUCUAUCACAAAUAAUAAUCUUACCAAUACUUUGACAACUACCACUUCUAAUACUAAUAAUAGUUCAACCCCAAGAACAACAACUGCAACAAAUUCUACUAAUAAUGAUAAGGAAAAUCUAAAUAGUACCACUCCUACCAAAGACUUUUUAGCUAAAUAUCCAAAUUUUUCAAAAUGUGUUUCAUUCAAUAAUUUACAUCCACCAGAAUAUGAAUCAGAUUUUCCUUAUACCACUCCAAUCUAUAAUUUAAAUAAUCCAUCUCAACAGCAUCAUCAUCUUUUUGAUAGUAAUUAUACUUUUGGUUCUUCUUCUGGUUCUGGUUCUACACCAAAGAUAUUUAUACCAUUUCAAGAUUUCAAUUUCGGUAAUGGUAGCAACAAUAACACUAGUAGUAGUGGUACUAGUCGAAGACAUAGUAGUAGUGCUGGCACUACUUCAACCGGGUUUACUAAAAGAAAACGUUUGAAAUUACCUCCGCCACCAGCGAAAUCAAUUCUUAAAAAUAAAGUUAGUCAACAACAAGUGGAAUACAAUAAUAUGUUUGAAAACAUAUCAGAAGCCACCAUUGAGUAUCAUAAACAAGAACGAGAACAACAAGAACAGCAAGAACAACAGGAUGAACAAGAUGAAGAUAGUCAAAGUGGCAGUGGAAGUGGUAAUAGUAGUGUUAAUAGUUCGCCUUUACUCACUGCUACUAAUAUCAGCACCCCAAUAAAUGAUUUAAAAGAGACACAACAACUUCCAACACCAAGAAGAAAAUCAUUAGUGGGAUUGACAGAUGAAGAAUUAAUGGCUCUUGAUCCCCAAUUUCAAACUACAAAAUCAAAAAAUAAUGAUUUAGAUAAAUUUAAAUUUGAUAAUCAAAAAACUUAUUAUUUAUCUCCUAGUACAAGAAAAGGUUCCACUUCAGAUGGCGCUACUGGUGCUAAUGGUAAUGUGGCGACAGGUGUUAAGCGACAAGAUUAUCCUACUAGUAAUGAAAAUAAUUAUAAAAGUAUUAGUUUAACCGUCAGAUAUGGAGAAACUACUCAUAAUGAUUAUACUCGUACUUUAUUAACGAUAAUUUCUGGAAGAAGACAUACUUGGCAUUCAUUAGAUUGGUUAUUUCAUAUUAAACAAGAUUUACAAAAUCAACCAACAUUAUUAGCUGAUGGGGAUUAUUUAGUGAUAGCAGGAUUAAUCCCGAUUAAAUUUAUUAAAGAUUAUAACAACAGCAACAAAAAGAAAAAAUUAUCAGUGGAAGAUUAUUUAUAUCAAAAAUGUUGUAAUUUAUUAAAUUAUUUAAUGGAAUAUAUUUCUCAAUUGAAUUUGAAAUUGAAGAUAACUGUGGAAUUUGUUAUUGAUUAUGAGAAUGAAAAUGAAAGUUUAGUUGUUGGUGGUGGUGGUGGCGAUAGUAGUAAACCUUUAAAGGGUGAAAAAUAUAUGAUUGAUCAUUUAUUUAAACAAUACCAACCAAAUUUGAUUAUUAUUGGUAAUAAAUCAUCAAAUUUAAAUUUCAAAUACCCGGUGAAAAUGAAUAAAUUGAAUAAUUUAUAUUUAAUUAAAUUAUCUUCAUAUAUUGUCAAAUAUUCUACUAUCCCGGUUAUUUUAGUUGGAUUAUUAAUUGGAUUUAAUGACGACACUACCAACACUUCUUCAUCUUCAUCUUCAGCAGUGAAAUUCAAUAAACCAACAAUUACGUUUUCAAUUAGUAAAACUCCAAGUUCAGAAUUAACUCCCAAACAUUCACAAACAACUUCCUGUAACAAGAGUUCAUCUACUCCAGAUUUAUCCGAUGAUCAUGAUGCUGACGAUAAUUCAUCAAUUGAAUCAAUUGAAUCAUUAACUCCAAAAGAAUAUACUGAUGACAAAAAACGACAAGAAAUGUUCAAUGAAAAAAUGACAGAAAUCAAUAACACUCCUUUCAAUUCUCCAGAUAAAUAUUUUGAUUGGAUUCAAACCAUAUCGGAUAAUUCAUUACAAGCACUGAAAAAUUAUUUAAUUGGAAUUAAAUCAAAAGAUGAUUCAAUUAUAAUUGAUGAUAAAAUUCAUGCCAUUUAUAAAAGUCAAACUUGGAAUGUCAAUUCUGGUUCAAUGUCUCAUGAUGAUUUAUCUGAUGGUAAUGGUGGGAAUGGAUCGAUGUAUAAAGUGAAAUCAUUAAUUAGUAUAGAAGAUGAUGAAGAAGUUAAACGGAAACAAGAAGAAUUAAGAAUGAAAAAAAGAAAUAAAAGAAAUAGUAGUGUCAAGAGUAGUGGUAGUGUUGGUGGAUUUAUUCAUAGUAUUAAAAGUAAUGAUAAUAAUAGUAUUAUAUCACUGGGUGAUAAGAAUACUGAUAAGAACAAGAAUAAUAGUACUGAUAAAUCAACGAAACGAAAAUCAUCAAUUUGGAAAAAAUUGGGAUUCCUGAAAGGAUAG